UUAUCUUAGUAGUUUCUAUGUUUCUGCAAUUUGGGCCGCAAUGUUAAGGAUCGGUUUCUGUAUUUUUGCGGUUAUCAGUGCCCUUGCUGGUGCAAAUGCCCAGGACUGCAUUCCCAUGAGUGUUACGAACAUAACCCUCAGCUUCCUCGGGAGGCUCUCCUGGGCCGUUAGAGCGGACGAAACCUGCGAAAUCACCCACUUCAUGGUUCACAUGUCUGAGCCAGACCAGGACGCUAGAUUCAGGUUUAAAUCUUUUACCACGACCUUGAACGUUGACUUCCUCAUGGCUUGCGAUCUGUGGCAUUUCAACAUUGUACCCCACGUCAAUGACGUGGAAGGGGACGGACAUGUUUUUGUCAGCAAGAUGCCAGUACCUAUGGAUGCGGAUCUCACCAUUGGAUUAAUCAACGUCACCCGCCCAGAAGAAGAGGAUUACCUCCGCCUUCAGUGGGACCUCAACAAUCCUUUCUUCGGGGACUGCUCCCUCAGAUACCGAGUCACGGUGUCGGGAGACGACGACGACGUCAUCACUGACAUAUACAAGGACGACAAGUACGUCAACCUCGAUUUUCUUUCCCCGUGCGUGAACUACGAGUUCGGUGUCAGGGUGAUCAACGCAGCGCCUCCCGUCAUGGAAGGUCCUCUGAGAUCGAUAGAGUACGAUUACCCACCAGCUGUUCAAACUCCCCCCACGCUGCAGUCCGUAACCCAAGGUGCCACCUUCAUCAACGUCACCUUCGCCUUGGAGCCGGCAGCGAGCAACAGGUGCCCCAUCAGGGAACUGUUGAUAGAUGGUGGCGAUUACUUCAACGUGACUGUCCCCCUGCACGAUGCCGAUGAAAGGGAGCCGGUCGAGGUGCAAAUAAGGUACCUGCGCCCCAACAGCAUGUACUUGCUGAGAACUUCGGUGCAGAACAGCGCCGGUUGGUCGCAAUCGAGCAUCGUCGCGGUUCAGACAUUGGAAUUGACAGCGAACUGAGGAUUAGUUAGUUGUGAAGCGGAAAUAUGUAUUAAUUUUGCCUGUAAUCUGUCGCUAGUGUUAGAAAUUGUCUUCUUCGUCUUCCUUAAGUGUCCCUAUUAUAGUCUAAGAGCUGUAUCAAAGUCGAUUUUUUAAGUUUUGGUACAAAGAAUAAGUGUACAGGGUGAAAAGGUAAAUAAAAUGCUUUUUUACAACA